GACACGUCUGGUCUGCCUGACACGUCUUCUGUCGUCCGUCGCUCAGCUCAUCAACAUCUUUUCUGCUCUUGCCGGUUCCGUCGACAGCAGCAGGGCAGCAGGAUAAUUACGGAAAAAUAACUUCUUAUUGACCUCCCCGGAUUUGUGUUAUCCUUCAGUGUCCGUCAACAAGAAACAUACAGCCAUGAACGAUUACGCCAAGCAAUUUAUGCUGCUGCUGAUGAGCGAAAAAUGUUACGACAAUUACUUCGUAGAUUUGGAUUUCCUCGAUGUGGAUUGCUUCAAAGCGCUCCUCAGCAAAGGCCUGGGAAUGGGCAUCAUUGCCGGAUCGGUGUUGGUGAAAGUCCCUCAGAUCGCCAAAAUCCUAAGAAACAAGUCGGCUAAGGGCAUCAACCUGUUCAGCGUCUGUCUGGAUCUGUUUGCGAUCACGAUCCACAUGGCGUACAGCUUCGUCAGUGGAUUCCCGUUCAGUGCCUGGGGAGAUACGUCGUUCCUGGCCCUGCAAACGGCGAUGAUUGCUUAUUUGGUUCUACACUUUGGAGGAGCACCUGUCAAGGCAGUUGCAUUCGGCGCUGUCUAUUCCGCGGUUACAUAUGUGCUGAUGGGAGGCCUCACGCCGCUGAACUAUCUGUUGAUUGCCCAAGGAUUUAACGUGCCAAUUCUACUGCUGGGAAAACUGUCGCAGGCAUACACCAAUUACAAGAACGGAAGCACCGGUCAGUUGUCCGCUGUGACGUGCUUUAUGCUGCUGGCUGGAUCAUUGGCACGAAUCUUCACGUCGAUUCAGGAAACCGGCGACCAGAUGAUGAUCAUCACCUAUGGUUGUUCGUCGUUUGCCAAUGCCGUUAUUGUGUUGCAGCUGCUGUACUACUGGAACGCAGGCAAGAAAUCGUCAUCCGGAAAGUCGUCGCCGAAGAAGGCCUCCAAGGCCAAGGCCAAGGCGAAGAAAAGCGACUAAAUAACAUUCUCAGAUGCGGACAACGCGCAGACAUCACACUCAAAAGACAGCAAAAAUUCCGUUUUAGUAGAAGUACAAAAUCGUAAAUGCUCCAACUAUGUAGGUAUUUGAGGGUCCUGGGAGUUCAAUUAACUGUUGUGAGAUGACUCGAUUGUUUCUUCUUUUUGGUUCCACAUUUAGGUGUUGGUAACUGCAUUUGCUUUUAGUCAGGCCACAGUGAAUUUUACUACUUCAUAAGUGAUGUUGUAGGAUUUAGGCAGUAAGCGUGACUAAACUAAGACUAGAGCGUAUGUUUUAUGCUUAGUUAAUUAAAUCGUAGUUCAUUAAAUGAAAACAGUGA